AUGGCAGCAGCGAAGAUCGACGUCAAGAACCCCGUCGUCGACAUGGACGGCGACGAGAUGACCCGGAUCAUCUGGAAGUUCAUCAAGGACAAGUUGAUCUUGCCCUACUUGAACAUCGACAUCAAGUACUACGACUUGGGCAUUGAGCACCGUGACGCCACCGACGACCAAGUGACCAUCGACGCCGCCAACGCCAUCCUCAAGUACGGCGUCGGUAUCAAGUGCGCCACCAUCACCCCCGACGAACAGCGGGUGGAAGAGUUCGGGCUUAAGAAGAUGUGGUUGUCGCCCAACGGGACCCUCAGAAACAUCUUGGGCGGUACCGUGUUCAGAGAACCCAUCGUCAUCGACAACAUCCCCCGGAUUGUCCCCCAGUGGGAAAAGCCCAUCAUCAUCGGUCGUCACGCCUUUGGCGACCAGUACAAGGCCACCGACGUCGUCAUCCCCGGCGCCGGUGAGUUGAAGUUGGUGUACAAGCCUGCCGACGGGCUGGAGGUCCAGGAGAUCCCCGUGUACAACUACCAGGGCGCCGGUGUCGCCCUCGCCAUGUACAACACCGACGCCUCCAUCCGCGACUUUGCCGAGCUGUCGUUCAAGAUGGCCAUCGACCGCAAGCUCAACUUGUUCUCGUCGACCAAGAACACCAUUUUGAAGAAGUACGACGGUAGAUUCAAGGACAUCUUUGAAGAAUUGUACGCGCAAAAGUACAAGGCCGAGAUGGACAAGUUGGGCAUCUGGUACGAACACCGGUUGAUCGACGACAUGGUGGCGCAAAUGCUCAAGCUGAAGGGUGGUUACAUCAUUGCCAUGAAGAACUACGACGGUGACGUGCAAUCGGACAUUGUCGCCCAAGGGUUCGGUUCGUUGGGGUUGAUGACCUCGACCUUGAUGACCCCCGACGGUAAGGCUUUCGAAGCCGAGGCCGCCCACGGUACCGUCACCCGUCACUACCGUCAACACCAACAAGGCAAGGAGACCUCGACCAACUCGAUCGCCUCGAUCUUCGCCUGGACCCGGGGUUUGAUCCAAAGAGGUAAGUUGGACAACACCCCCGACGUCGUCAAGUUUGGUGAAGCGUUGGAACAGGCCACCAUCGACACCGUGGCCAAGGACGGCAUCAUGACCAAGGACUUGGCGCUUGCCCAGGGCAAGACCGACCGCUCGCUGUACGUGACCACCGAGGAGUUCAUCGACGCCGUCGCCAACAGAUUGGCCAAGACCUUGGCCUAG